AUGUCGGGCCAAUUCUUCAUCGAGAACAAGCUUGUCGGCCAGAAGGACGCAGCCGAAGACUGGCGCAUCAAAGGCUACAAUCCUCUCACGCCCCCCGAUCUCCUCCAGCACGAGAUCUCCCAGACACCCGAGUCGCGCGCCACCGUCCUCCAAGGCCGUGAUGAGGCCGUCGCCGUCGUCAACGACAAAGACCCCAAGCGCCGUCUCCUCGUCGUCGUAGGACCAUGCUCGAUCCACGACCCCGAAGCCGCCCUCGCCUACUGCGACUUGCUGCUCAAGGCCAAGGAGAAGCACAAGGAUGAGCUGGUCAUUGUCAUGCGCAGCUACCUCGAGAAGCCGCGCACGACCGUCGGCUGGAAGGGCCUGAUCAACGACCCCGACAUUGACGGCAGCUUCCAGAUUAACAAGGGGCUGCGUCUGUCGCGGCAGCUAUUUGUCAACCUGACGCACAAGGGCAUGCCCAUUGCCAGCGAGAUGCUCGACACCAUCUCACCGCAGUUCCUAGCCGAUCUACUAUCUGUGGGCGCCAUUGGCGCCCGUACCACCGAGUCGCAGCUGCACCGUGAGCUGGCCUCGGGGCUCUCCUACCCAGUCGGCUUCAAGAACGGCACCGACGGGUCGCUAGGCGUGGCCAUUGACGCCAUUGGCGCCGUGCAGCACCCUCACCACUUCCUGUCGGUCACGAAGCCCGGUGUCGUGGCGAUUGUGGGCACCGUGGGCAACGAGGACUGCUUCGUCAUCCUUCGCGGAGGAACCAAGGGCACCAACUACGAUGCCGACAGCAUCGCCGAGGCCAAGGCGGCCCUGGAGAAGAAGGGCGUGCGCCAGAGGCUCAUGGUCGAUUGCUCGCACGGCAACUCGCUCAAGAACCACAAGAACCAGCCCAAGGUCGCGGCCUGCCUGGCCGAGCAGAUUGCCAAGGGCGAGAACGCCAUCAUGGGUGUGAUGAUUGAGAGCAACAUCAACGAGGGUAGCCAAAAGGUGCCCGACGAAGGCAAGGCUGGCCUCAAGUACGGCGUCAGCAUCACCGACGCGUGCAUCCACUGGGAGGAGACCGAGAGCGUGCUCCAGAAUUUGGCGGAUGCUGUCAAGUCGAGGCGGGACAUUUUGGACGGCGCAAAUGGACAUGCUUGA